GGAGCGCAGAAGCAGCGAGUCAGUCUCCGAGGGAGGACAGCACCGGGCUUCUCUGAACCUCCUCAGCAUCUGCUUCUUUCACUGGGGCUGCUGUUUCUAAGAUCUGUUGAAGUAAGGGAUUCGCCUGUGAGAGGAAGAUAUGAAGUUAGCGGGCUCCCUUUGGAUCCUUUGCUUUCUCCUUGUGCGCAGGGUAGCUGGAGGUGCUGAGUCAAUCUCAGAUCCAUCACUCAGGCCUGGACAUAGCAUGACAGAUGGACAGGGCCAGGCGGUGAGCCAGGGUCAAUAUAAAUGUCUUAAGCUGUCCAACAAAGACCACCAAGAAAACAGAACCGGUGCGUUCUGUGGGCGUAUGUGGGAUGGCUCUCUGUGCUGGGAUGAGACACCGGCUGGGACAUCGGUAACACAAAACUGUCCAGAUCACCUUGACCUGGAUCCGACUGAAAAAGUGACCAAAUAUUGUGCUGAACUGGGUAACUGGGUCCAGACUGCCUUCACUUGUCAACCAGCUUCAGAGAACAAAUUAGAGAAGGAAGUUCCCCAUUUGUUAAGGGAUGCUGCUGGAGAGCCGACAACAGACUCCACAGGGGUUAAAUCAGAAAAAGGUGGUGCUGUGGAGAAAAUGAUCCUCGCAAACCAAAAGAAAUGCUUGGAGAAAAUAAAGCAAGAUCCGCCUUAUAACAAAACAGGGCUGCACUGCAGUCGUAACUGGGACGGCUGGCUGUGCUGGGACAACACUCCGGCGGGAACUUACACUUCUCAAAACUGCCCUAAUUACUUUGGCGACUUUGACCCGACGGUAAAGGUAACAAAGUACUGUGCAGAGGAUGGCCAGUGGUCUCACCAUCCAGAGUCCAGUAUGACUUGGACCAACUAUACACUCUGUGCAACCACCCAUAACAAGAGACUGAGGGCAGCCGCCCAGCUCUCGGGGGACACUGAGGUGCUGCCUGCUGGUGAGGCAACAGUCAGCCCCAUGGUUAACCCCCAAGAAGAGGAAAUUGUGAGAAAGAAAAUCCUCGACAGCCAGUACAAAUGCUUUGAGAAAAUGAAUCGAGAUGUAUCUUAUAACAAAUCAGGGCUGCACUGCAGUCGUAACUGGGACGGCUGGCUGUGCUGGGACGACACUCCAGCGGGAACCAUCACAUCGCAGAACUGCCCAGAUUAUCUGUUUGACUUUGACUCCACAGAAAAGGCAACUAGGUACUGUGGAGAAGAUGGGCAGUGGUUUCACCAUCCAGAGAGCAACAGGACUUGGACCAACUAUACAGUCUGUGCUGUCAGCACUAAGGAGAGGUUGAAGGCAGCUGCCCAGCUCUCGGGGGAUACUGAGGUGCUGCCUGCUGGUGAGGCAACAGUCAGCCCCAUGGUUAACCCCCAAGAAGAGGAGAUUGUGAGAAAGAAAAUCCUCGACAGCCAGUACAAAUGCUUUGAGAAAAUGAAUCGAGAUGUAUCUUAUAACAAAUCAGGGCUGCACUGCAGUCGUAACUGGGACGGCUGGCUGUGCUGGGACGACACUCCAGCGGGAAUUUACGCCUCUCAUAACUGCCCCAAUUAUUUUGUCGACUUUGACCCGACAGAAAAGGCAACUAAGUACUGUGGGGACGAUGGGCAGUGGUUUCGUCACCCGGAUACCAACAGGACUUGGUCCAACUACACACUCUGCAACGAAAACACUAAGGCAAAGUUGAAGUCAGCGUACAUCCUGUUUUACAUGGCAAUUGUGGGUCACGCUUUAUCCAUAGCCUCCCUGCUGAUCUCUCUGGCCAUCUUCUUCUACUUCAGGAGUAUGAGCUGCCAAAGGAUCACCCUUCACAAGAACCUCUUCUGCUCGUAUGUGCUCAAUUCAGCCCUCACCAUCAUCUCCCUCGUAGCGGUGGUCAAUAAUCCUGAAGUAGUGGGCAGAAACCCGGUUGGCUGUAAGGUGUUGCAAUUCUUCCACAUGUACAUGCUGGGCUGCAAUUAUUUCUGGAUGCUGUGUGAAGGCAUCUACCUGCACACGCUCAUCGUGGUGGCUGUUUUUGCAGAAGAGCAGCAUCUGCAUUGGUACUACCUCCUGGGCUGGGGCUUUCCUCUAGUGCCUGCAUCCAUCCACGCCGUGGCAAGGAAAAAGUAUUUUGAUGACAACUGUUGGAUGAGUGUGGAAACCCAUCUGCUCUACGCGGUCCAUGGUCCUAUAGUGGCAGCGCUUCUUGUGAACCUCUUCUUCUUACUAAAUAUUAUAAGAGUGUUGGUGACCAAGUUGAGAGACACUCACCGGGCAGAGUCCAACAUGUACAUGAAGGCAGUGAGAGCCACCCUGAUCCUGGUGCCCCUGCUGGGAAUACAGUUUGUUAUUUUCCCCUGGAGGCCAGAGAACCGCCUAGCUGGGGAGGUCUACGAGUACAUCAUGCACAUACUCAUGCACUACCAGGGAUUACUGGUGGCAACAAUAUUCUGCUUCUUCAAUGGAGAGGUGCAGGCAGCUCUAAAGAGACAGUGGAUGCAGUAUAAAACCCAGUGGGGUCAGAGAAGAAAGGACCACUGCUCAAUGCGCUCCACGUCCUACACGGCCACCUCCAUCACAGAGGUGCCCGCUUUCAUGUACCACAAUGACUCUAACAGCAAACACUUGAACGGGCGGCACGUUGAGGACUCUGAACUGGUGGCACUAAAAUCAGGAGAGACGUACGCUUGAGCCACACCGGAGGAUAAAGAGUGUAGCGGUGGGACCAGCCGAAGAAGAGCAACUGAGCAACGGAGAUGUGCAGUAAGAAAGGAAAAUCUGGUUUGCCUGGCUGCAUCUCAGUGAUUCAAUCUCAGAGGCUGAUGCUGCUUUGUUCAGCCCGGGACAACGAGGUACGGGAUACGGGUUCGGAAAGAUGGAUCAGCUACAAGGCUGACACUUCGAUUCACUUUACAUCGCUGUCGCGGCUGCUUUCUGACAAACUCUGAUGUCAAGAACUUGUGGCAUGAGACAAGAGCUGCUUUUGACACGUGUCACUUCCUAAAGCUGCUAAAAAUGUGUGAGUGCUCUCACAGUGACGGAGACUUGUGCUGGUGUGGAGACAGAAAUAACUGUGACUGUAAUGAAGGUGAGGGGAUUUUGUGUUUGAGACGAUGGCGCUGAAUGUGAAAGGGAUCGACAUGAGUUGUGUUUGAUGGUGUCAUGAAGAGGAUUUGUAAGUAGAAGAACCAAUCCUUCCUCACCUCACCUAUACCUAAUGGUACUUUAUCCUGGUUAAAGCAAUGGAAGGGCAUCCAGCUCAGCACAGAUGGUGGUACCCUGCUCCUAAAGACACACACACACACACACACACACACACACACACACACACACACACAACACAAACAAACUUCACAAACCUGAUCAUAUGUGCCGUGAAAGAGGUCACAUUUUAAAGAAUCCCUCUGUGCUUGAAGCUCUGGAAUUGUGUACAUAAUGUAUGUUCACCAUGUUUCACAUGAAAAAAGUGUUCAAAUGUUUUAAAAAGUGUUUUAUUUUUGUUUUAUAUUAAUAUUUUAUUCUUGCCCAUUCUUAAGUAUGUGUUAAGUGUGUGUGUGUGUGUGUGUGUGUGUGUGUCCUGUGAGGCUGCACUCCAAACUGCUUUGUCGUUUCUGCAGUUGUUGUAUUUGUGCCAAUGCCGAACAUCACAGGGCGAAGCAAGAAUAAGUUAAAUGCACAGAAAAAAUCGAUGAAUAAGAGGUUGAACAGACACAAGAGUUGUUUCACUGUGUUGGAGUCGAGUAUGCUAUCAAUUAUUCUGACAAACAAGUAGUUUCUCUACAGUGUGGAAGCUGCACGGUCUUAUUUUACUCACUAGCAUUCGUUGUCCUGCUCACAAAGCCUUUUAAUCGAUCUCCAUAAUUGUUCUUUUGUUUUUAAAAAGGGAUAUUCUGUCCUCGUGUAGCAUUUUGUAUGAACGUGCAUCCAGGGCAAAGGAAAACGUCUUGCUAAAGUUGAAAUGAUGACAAGAGUCAACACAUUAAAGGCAUGCUCACAUCUUGCUCACAAUCUUGCAGCAAACAUGAAUUAUUCCUAACUCUCUGUCCUAAAUACGUUCAUUAUACUCUAUUGUCAUUUUAUUGUUGCUUUGUUAUAACUGUGCCAUAAGAUUCUAAAGGAUGAAUGUUAAGAGUCUUGAUAGUGAAUUUAAGAGUGAUUACAAACAAAAGAACACAGUUUGCUGUCUAUCAGUAGCCCCUGUUUAAAGAAAUCACCGGCUUUGUUGGAUUCAGUGUCUUGAAUUUCACAAUAAAAGAUACUUUGAGCUUCUAAACUGCAUAUCAUAUGGCAGACAUUUGAACUCAGCCAGGGAAAAUAUUACCAUCCUCUCGAAAGCGUUCAGCUGGCUCAGGCCGCUGUGUUUUGUUUGUCGCCACUUCCUGUUUGUGUUGGAGAAAAAAAGGUCAGAGAACUUAAAUCUUUGCCUUCUUUGAGGAUAAAGACUCGGAAUAUUCUGUAUUUCUGUUAUUGUCAACAAACCCCUUGAGAAAAAAUAAUACAUUAGUCUGUCUCUCAAUACUUCCCGACUUCCCUAUCCCGAGUGCGGCACUUAGCAUCAAGAUGUAAAAACAUUUACAAAAAAAAACAAAUAUGAUUAUCACAAGAAUACUUUUAACCUCCUUUGGCUAUCUGAGAUGACAUGUUGUGUCUACACGGGUGCUACUGUGUUAUUAUCUGUUGAAUGUCUGGUCAAUACGUGAUGGUUUUAAGUCAUUGUCAUUGUUAACUGGAAUAACAAGAUGUGUGUGAAACGUCUGAGAUCUUAGAAGGUUAUAAUGAAGUUGAAGAGUUUGAAAUGUAUUUUUCCAUGGACCUAUAAUGUGAAGCCGAGACAACAUUUGCACAUUUAGUCACACAGAAUAAGGCUCUGAAGUUGAUCUUUACAGAAUGUAAGUAAAUUCACAUUGUAAUAAUUGGCUUAUUAAUUACCAUUCAUAUACAAUAAAAUGUCAAAUAUAAAUUGUGCUUUCUUCUAUGUCAAUAUGACUACAUAAAUAGGGCCGUAGGAAAAAAACUACCUUCAAAUAUAUAAUAUUUGGAUGUUUAUCUGGGAAGAAAUGUGAACACUGAAAUUGGUCUAAUUAGGUUAUCAAAUCAUAUCAAUGAUGCUAUUGCAAGCUCUUAACUAGCUGUUAAGUACAGUUUAGCCAACAGAAAAUACAUUAGCAGUGAGUCCUAUGUCGUAGCUUCACUUAAAAAAAUCCCCCCCCCCCCCCCCCAGACAUGUGGACCUAUUGCAAUAUAAUAUUUUAAGACUUGUGGCGUGCAAAGAAGGAGCGGAGAGAGACAAUCAAUCAUCACGCUAUGAUGGAAGAGUGGGUUUCACUGCUAAUUUUAAAGUAUUUUAUUUAUUUUAGUAGUAAAUUCAUCUAACUCUUUGUCACACUGUAAGACGCACUAUUACUCUUCUGGGUUUGGGGGACACAGAUGCUGUAUAUUUUGUAUGUUCAUGCCCAUGUAAAUAAGAGCAGACACUGUAAUAUGAUCGAUUCUUUUUUUUUUACACUGUGAAUUACUCUGACAGCUAUUUUUGUUAUGCUCCUGUCGUUCAUUUUGGCUUGUGUUUGUCUUUUUCUCCCUCUCAGCAUGGAAUGACAUCAUGUUCAAAGCUGACAUAAAAAAAAAUGCAUUUUGUAAAAGACAAA